CAUCCACUUGAUACAUUCGCUCACGUCAAGACCGCGCAAAGAUGAGCUACAUCGCCCGCCGAGGUCUCUCGACCCUGAUUCCUCCUAAGAUUGCUUCCCCCAACGCAAUCGGUGCUGCCAAGGAUGCCGCUCGUAUGGACCGUGUUGUAAACUUCUACGCUAAGCUCCCCCGUGGCUCUGCUCCUGAGACCAAGCCUACUGGCCUCAUUGGACGCUACCAGGCUCGCUACUUCGGUGACAAGCCGUCUGCUGCCCCCCUUGCUCACGCUAUCGGUGGCAUUCUUAUCCUUGGCUACAGCAUGGAAUACUACUUCCACCUGCGUCACCACAAGAAUCACCCUCACUAAAUUACUCUUGAUAGGUGCUGGACGUGGGGGAUUUGUGUAUAUACCGUGGGCCUAGAAUGGAGCCUUCGUAACAUCGAACAG